AUGUGCUUCAACCACACAGAGAACCCUGACACCAGCCAAUCUGCUCAGUUUUCGACUGAUGCGCUCAAAUUCUUGGCUCCCGGCAAAUCUAGUGUUGUCUACGCAAUCGAUGACAGAAGAGUUGUGAAGAUGUACAACUCCACCGACGACAACGAAGAUGUCAUUGAACGUCGCGCAUACGACCGUCUCGGCGUCCACCGCAACAUUGUUAAGUGCUUCGGCUGGAACGACGGCGCGAGGGUGCUCGAACGCGGCCAGAUACUACGAGGGAUUUGUCGACAGCACGGUGCAGCCCGGAUCUCCUUGCGGCGGAAGAUUCGCUGGCUGAUCGACUUUGCGGAGGGCGUCCGACACAUACACGACAAGUCAAUAGUUCAUGCUGAUGUCGGAUGUCACAAUGCGGUCUUGACAAAGCAUGAUUGCUUGAAGAUCAUCGACUUCGAAGGUUGCAGCAUGGACGGCGGAGAAGCAGGUUCGGCAUAUGAAUGGUUCAGCUACCGACCAUCGACGCCGAAAAUCAGCAAACAAACGGAUAUUUUCGCGUAA